AUGAACCCCAUUCAUUUAUCAUCAUCAUCAAAUCAAACAUCACAAAAAGAAAUCGAGAAAGAACAAGAACAAGAACAAGAACAAGAAAUCGAAUUAGAGAUAGAAGACGAAAAUGAAAAUGAUCAAAUCGAAUCAAUCCCAAUGCUCAACUCUCUACAUUCUAACAAUCGAUUCAAAGUUCAUUCUAAAAAACCAUCAUCUGCUUCUAAAGAUCUUUGGGGAUUUUAUUCUUAUUCAUUUGCUUCUGAAAUUUUCUCAAUCGUUGCUGUUUCUCUUUUCUUACCUAUCACUCUAGAACAAUUUGCAAGAGAUAAUGGAUUCCAAUACCCGAACCAUAACCUCACAUGUCAAGGAUCAUCAAAAGAUCAACUAAACCAAACCAACAUUCUUGAACCUGAUCAAGAAACAGUUUGUGAUGUGAAGUUAUUAGGAAGAUGGUUCGAUACGGCUUCGUUUCCUUUAUAUGUUUUUAGUAUCAGUGUGGCUAUUCAAGCUAUUUUGGUUUGUAGUUUAGGUGAUGCUGCUGAUCAUCUGAGUUUUGCUGGGAUUGGAAGUUUGACUGGAAUGGGAUUGUUUUUGUUGAAGAGUGAGUCCCAGUAUUGGUCAUUUAUUUCGGUUUUGGUGAUCGUUUCAAACGUUUCACUUGGUGGUAGUUUAGUUUGUUUAAAUAGUUUUAUCCCAAGUAUAAGUAAAACUCAACCAGAAGUGAUCAAGAUUAAAUCAAGAUUAGAAGAAGAGAUUGGAUCGAUUGAAUUGAAUUUGAAAGAAGAGUAUGAGAUCGUUUUGUCGAAUACGAUCUCAAAGGUUUCUUCGAAUGGGAUUUCGAUUGGAUUUACGGCUGGGAUCCUUUGUUUGUUUGUGUCUUUGAUCCCGGUGACUAUUAGGAAUGGGGAUACGACUAGUUUGAGAUGGGCCGUUGGGUGUAGUGCGGUUUGGUGGGCUAUAUUUACGAUUCCGGCUGCAAUUUGGCUACCUCCUUCUGAUUGGAAACUUAAUCAAUCAUUUCAUCAAAUCUUUAAUCCCAAAAAAAGUUGGCAAGAGUUUGCUAAGAUGUUAAGAUCUCGAAAGAAAUUAAAACAUACGUUUUAUUAUUUAAUGGCUUGGUUUUUAUUAUCAGAUGCUUAUUCGACAAUCACUUCAACAGCUAUUAUUUUUGGUAAAACAGCUUUAAAGAUGUCAUCAUCACAUUUAAUCUUGAUAGGAAUCAUCACUCCUGCUACUGGAAUCUUAGGUGCAUUGUUGAUACCGAAUUUGCAGUACAAACUUGUGUUUUUUCAGGGAAGGAAUGGGGGAUUGAGAAUGUUUAAUAGGGAAUGGGAAUUGUUUGUUUUGGCUGGUGUAUUUGGUAAACGAAAAACUCGUUGGAUUCUUUACCUUUUUUUUUUGGCUUUGGAGUUGGAUUUUGCAAUUUUACUGAGGUGUUUUUUUUUCUUUUGGGUUUGGGUUUUGCUUUUAGGUGUUUUGUAUGGUGCAUUUCAGUCUUAUGCUAGAUCUUUAUUUGCUGAAUUGAUUCCACCAGGUCAAGAAGCUAAAUGGUAUGCACUCUUUAGUAUAACUGAUAAAUCUUCUAGUUUUUUUGGUCCAUUUAUUGUUGGUGCAAUAGCAGAUUUAACACAUAACAUUCGAUAUGGAUUUGUUUUUAUUUUAUUAAUCUUAUUGGUUUCUUUACCUUUAUUAAAUUUAAUUCAUAUGGAAAUUGGGAAAGAAGAAGCGUUUAGGUUUAGUGAAGAAGAACAACAAGAAGAAGAAGAUUAA